CGCCCCUGCCCCCUGUUCUGUGUGGAGUCUCCGGGAUCUCUCUCUGUCACCUCACAGAAGUCGUUGCCGGUCGCGGGUGUGGGGCGCGAGUAGCGCAGGGCCGCCUCUCCCCCGCCCUCAGGCCGGGCUCCGGCUCGGUCCCCCACUCCCCCUCUCCCCACCCUGGUCGGGUACCCGAAGGUCCAAGCCGCUGCCGGCUGCCCGGGGGCCAUCGUGGCCGCCGCCACGGGUCCUGAUGGAGCCGCCGAAUCUCUAUCCGGUGAAGCUCUACGUGUACGACUUGUCCAAAGGCCUGGCCCGGCGGCUCAGCCCCAUCAUGCUGGGGAAGCAACUGGAAGGCAUCUGGCACACCUCUAUAGUUGUACACAAGGAUGAGUUCUUCUUCGGCAGCGGCGGUAUUUCCAGCUGUCCCCCGGGAGGGACAUUGCUUGGGCCCCCAGACACUGUGGUUGAUGUGGGGUGCACAGAAGUCACAGAAGAGAUCUUUCUGGAAUACCUGUCCUCCCUAGGGGAGUCUUUGUUCCGAGGAGAAGCCUACAACCUCUUUGAACACAACUGUAACACCUUUAGCAACGAAGUGGCACAGUUCCUGACUGGACGGAAGAUCCCUUCCUACAUAACAGACCUGCCCUCCGAAGUUCUGUCCACGCCCUUUGGACAAGCACUUCGGCCCUUCUUGGACUCCAUCCAGAUCCAGCCUCCAGGAGGAAACUCUGUGGGCAGACCCGAUGGGCAAAGCUAACAGGACUGCACGGGACCGCCCGCCUCUCCAGGGCUUUUCCUUUUUAAACGAAACAAACCCUACCAGAUUUCUAUUUUAUAAUUUUACAUCAGAGCUAUAGGGACGGCUUUUUAAAUUUCCCAGGGAAGGAGCUUGUCAGGCUGCACGUAGGACGAUGCUCCUGAGAAACAGCAAAUGCCGUCCCUUCUAAUAGUAUUAUACUAAUUUAUUAAGGCUGUCUUGUCUGUGAGUUCACUUCUGACGCUGUUGCCUAAGCGUCCUCUACAUGGAGAUAGAGACGGUGUGGGAGAAUCCCAUCCUGGACCCUCUUCCCAGAGAAUCCCCACAUUCCACCCCAGCUGCCACGCCUGUGGGCCCCGGAUGAGUUCUGUACUGUCCUUUACCCUGGAGCAGUCACCCACCCCCUUGCAGUAAAUGAACCAAAGGACUUGGUGUACUCAGGCUCUGCUGUAGUUCUACCUAACUCAACCUAAGUGAACUCGUGAACUCUUUAGCCACAGUUGACCCUCCUCCUUCCCAAACAGGGCACAGUCAAAGCUGGAGCAGCCAGACCCCCAGAUCAAGGGAGAGUGGCAGCAGGGAUCAGGCUAAGGGAAAAAAAGAGAUCAAGCCAUUCCUCCCACUGAGUGCCAAUCCUCUCUGCCUGCCCCUAAGCUGCUCUUCCUCAGCACAGCUUGACCUGUCACUUUUAAUGGAGGUCUAGGCUGUAGUGGCAGAGACCCAAGCCUUCUGUCUGCAAAUAAUGACAUCAGUCAUUUACAGGCGACAGAGCCAGCCACCCAAACCAGUAGGAAUUUGUCAGCCAGGUACUGAGGAGAUGUGAUUGUUCCCUGUAGUGGCAUGCCACUGAUGUAGAAAGAGUGCCAUGAUGGUGCAGAUUCAUGGCAGCAAGGACAGUUAGGGCUGUCUCCAAUAGGGGCUUUCAAAUUAUCCUGAAUGUCUUGAACAGACAUCUCAUUUUGACUUUUCAGCGGUGUGGUUGGGGUGAGUGGGCUCUUUCCUAUCGGUGUCCUGGUAGGAUCUCAUAGGCAGGGAUAGUCUAGAAGUCUAUGAGCUAGAGGGACCUUAAGGCUCCCUUUUGUGGUGUGAGCCUCCUACUAGCUAAUUUGGGGGACUGGAUAUGGAAAAGGGGACUCGAGCAGGCACCUGAGGCUCCGCUCCACAUUUGUGGGAGGCCCUGCCAUGGCUUCCUGCCACUUCUAAAACUUGAGCUCAAUUGCUUCUUCUGGGCAGGCCUUUCCUCCCUGAAAAGCUCCUGUUGGCUCACAUUGGUCCACGCUGCUGUCUUUGCCAGUAGCCAUAGCAGUAGGCUUCAUUGGGAUCUCGGCCUUAGUGUUGGCCUGUUACCUGGCCAGGGCCAAGCCCAGAUGGGAUGUCAGUGAUGUUUUGGAACUUGAAGGUUGGAGUCGGAGGGGUCUGAAGACCCCAUAGUUUGCAAGUGUACAUGGCAAUGACAAAGUAGAGUGGAAAGCAGCAGGGCUUGUUGAGUAUCGGUCUGUUGGCGGAACGGGGCCCAGAAGGAUGAGUGUGAAGAGAUUGUCUUCUGGGAAGGCAGAGUUGCUGGAAGCCAUCACUUUAUCAUUUGCUUGGCCCCAGCUGUUAGCAUCUACCUAGAGCCCUCACCUCCAUCCUGAAGACGCUCAGGUGAUCUCACAAAGCCUUUCUCUGGGUUUCCUCCCCCAGCCGUGAUGCAGAUAAAAUGAUAGUGUGAGAAUUUUAGUCACUCGGUUGCUUGAAUAGCCUCUUGUCAUGUCUAGCAGAGAUAGGAGGACUGGACAGUUUUUCAGACUUCUGCAGGAAGGCAAGCUCUUCCUACGCUAUGCAAAUCCCAUUUUCACCAGAAAUCCAGGCCAGGAAACUUCCCGUCUCUGUCCCAGUAUCUCAGGAGUGCAGUAUUUGUGACCAGGUGACUCCACCCGGGCACGUACAAGCAAGCUGAGAGGGAACUGAGUCAUGGUAUGUGUGUCACGUGAUGGACACCCUUGUGGAGGUCCAUUGGUUAAGGGACAGGGGAAGUGGAGUCAUGCGACCAUCACCCUCUCCUAGACCAUAGGGUGGUCCUUUGAGAUUCCGUCAUGACUUCCUUGAAGUCAAACUAAUGUCUAAUGUGGAGGUAUCUGCCGGUUUUCAUUGGUGUUUUUUCUAAUGCAAUAAACAUUCCUGCCUGCU